GGCGGCGGCGCAGCGAGAGGGUCCCGGAGCCGAGAGCGGCCUCGGCCAGACACCCGCCCCGGGCGGGGACCCCGAGCGCGGGGAUGGAGCUGGCCACGGAUUGAAGACUAAGCUUUGAUCUAUGUCCCAGCUGUUUCCAACCGCCUACAAGGAGUUCAUGAUCACAUGACCCUGGAUAUGGAUGUCGUCUUGUCGGAUUUUGUUCGCUCAACGGGGGCGGAGCCAGGACUGGCCAGAGACCUACUUGAAGGUAAAAACUGGGAUGUGAAUGCAGCACUGAGUGACUUUGAACAGCUGAGGCAAGUGCAUGCUGGGAACCUGCCGCAUUCCUUCAAUGAAGGGCACAACUUUAAAUCCUUGGAAAAAGAAGCUGCUCGACCAGUGCGGCCACCUCUCCAGCGGCAAGAUGACAUGAUUCAAGAGAAACGUCUCUCUCGGGGCAUUUCCCAUGCUAGCUCCACCAUUGUUUCUUUGGCCCGCUCCCACGUCUCCAGCAAUGGUAGCAGUGAACAUCUGCUGGAGAUGCCCAUUUGCACUUUCCAGUUACCCGAUCUCACCGUGUACACAGAGGAAUUUCGCAGCUUCAUUGAGCGAGAUCUCAUCGAGCAGUCUAUGCUGGUAGCGUUGGAACAGGCUGGUCGCCUGAACUGGUGGGCUAACGUUGAUCCCAGCUGUCAAAGGCUACUUCCUUUGGCGACGACCGGCGACGGGAACUGCCUGCUUCAUGCUGCCUCCCUGGGUAUGUGGGGUUUCCACGAUAGAGAUCUCAUGCUUCGCAAAUCACUUUAUACCUUAAUGGAUAAAGGUGUGGAAAGGGAAGCUCUCAAGCGACGGUGGCGAUGGCAACAAACACAGCAGAACAAAGAGUCUGGCCUUGUUUACACGGAAGAGGAAUGGCAAAAGGAAUGGAAUGAGCUAAUCAAGCUUGCAUCCAGCGAGCCCCGCAUGCAUUAUGGUACAAACGGAGGCAACUGUGGAGGUGUUGACAGCUCUGAGGAGCCAGUGUACGAGAGCCUAGAGGAAUUCCAUGUCUUUGUUCUUGCCCAUGUGCUGAAGAGGCCUAUUGUAGUAGUGGCAGACACUAUGCUGCGAGACUCUGGUGGAGAAGCAUUUGCUCCUAUACCGUUUGGAGGCAUCUAUCUGCCCCUGGAAGUUCCAGCCAACAAAUGUCAUCGCUCUCCUUUGGUAUUGGCGUAUGAUCAAGCCCAUUUUUCUGCACUAGUAUCCAUGGAGCAAAAGGAACCCACAAAAGAUCAAGCGGUGGUCCCUCUGACUGACUCUGAACACAAACUGCUUCCUGUGCACUUCGCUGUGGAUCCUGGGAAAGAAUGGGAGUGGGACAGAGAUGACACUGAUAAUGUCAAACUAGCAAGUGUGACAUUAUCGUUGGAAGCAAAACUACAUUUGCUGCACAGUUACAUGAAUGUUAAAUGGAUCACCUUGCCCUGUGAAAUGCAGGCCCCGCUAGCCCAGCCAGAAUCCCCUACUGCUUCUGCCGGAGAUGAUGCCCGCUCAGCAGCGGAAUCUGGGGAGUCGGACAAGGAAUCUGUCUGCAGUAGUACCACCAGCAACGGUGGCAGUAAGAGCAGCAAGGACAGGGAGAAAGAGAAGCCAAAGAAAGACCGAGAAAAGGACAAAGACAAGGAGAAAGAGAAGAAACGGGCUGACUCGGUUGCUAAUAAGCUGGGCAGCUUUGGCAAGACUUUGGGAAGUAAGCUAAAAAAGAACAUGGGUGGCUUGAUGCACAGUAAAACCGUCAAAGGAGGCGUGAGCAACGGGCAGGGGGAAACCUUGGAGAAGAAGAAGAAAGGAUCCUUAAAGUCAAGGAAAGGCAGCAAAGAAGAAACUUCCCAAGGGGAUUUGUUGGUCUCUGCUGAGAAAACCUGCCCAGGUCAAGUGACCACAGAGAAGCAGUCUGAUCCCUAUAAAUACAGCAAUGAUGUAAAGCUUAGCCUGAGCAUCCUGCGAGCCGCCAUGCAGGGCGAGCGGAAGUUUAUCUUCGCUGGCCACCUCAAGACCAGCAGCCGGCACCAGUACCAGGAAGAGAUGAUUGAGAGGUACCUUUCCGAUGCCGAGGAGCGCUUCUUGGCCGAGCAGAAGCAAAAGGAGGUGGAGAAGAAGGCCUUUGCGAAUGGCUCCGCUGCCAAGAAGCUGGAGCCGGAGGCUAAUCUUCACAAAAGCGAGGAUGUGCUACUGAAUCCAUCCUACCCCCAGUUGCCUCCUAGUUACAGCAUCCAGACCUCAGAGCAUGCCAUAGGCACUAAAAUGACAGCUUUUCCUUCCAGCUACUCAGGGGUCUUCACCAUUCCCCGGCCCGCUGUGGUCAACUGUGUAGAAGGCGCACAUCCCCCCAGCUAUCAAGAUACCCGGAGGCAGGUAGCCGGUGGGUCCUGCAGCAGCCUUCCUCCCUAUGCUACCUUACCCAGAUAUUGCACUCAGGGGCCGCCUCACACAAACCAAACCAGCCCUUCCCACCUGGGAAGGUUCUCCCCAACAGAGAUGGAUGUACCCCCAAAUUACCCCGUCGAGUGCGAUGGCCCUACCUGUGCACCCCCCCACAGCAAUGGCUCCAGGGAACCCUUAGAGCAGGACAGCUUGCAGAAGGGAGCAAACGGUGACAAAAGCAAAAGCCGAAUACUUUAUAACAUUCAGCAGACCAAAUGCAAGCAGCCGAACUGCAGUUUUUACGGGCAUCCGGAAACUGGGAAUUUUUGCUCCUGCUGUUACAAAGAGGAACUGAAACGCAAAGAAAGGGAACGAGAAGCACUAAUACACAGGUUCUGAAGAGUCUGGCUCUCACUGACAUUUGGACCCAUGAAGUAUGGGGAAUGCAAUAAUCUUUUUUUCCAUGCUCCUCUCUCCCUCUUCAUAGGAGGGUGGGGAUGGCUGGGUGGCAAAUGUGAUUCCACUACAGUGUUAUAGUGGUGAUCCAUUUAAAACGAGGGGGGUGGAGGGAACAAACUUUUCCUUCCAGGAAACUCUGAAAGAGAGAGGGCGAUGCUAUCAAACAGGUUUCUUCUGGCAAAGGGUGACUAAGAUUAGCAAACCCCUGUAGGAGGCAUGGUUGGGUCAGAGCACAUGGUGAAGCAGGGAGUAAGACACCAGGUUGUUAUCAAAUGAUCAAAUCGACAAGACCAAAGCUUUAAGUGAAGGCAGGUGGAGAAUACCAUGACUGUGUCCUUUUAGUUGGAUUCCAACUUAAACUAAUUUAAAAUAGCUUUUCAGAGGAGUUAGCAAAACAGCCCAGCAAUUUUAGUUGAAAUAUCAUGGACCUUUUUAAUAAGAGAUUUUAACAUUGUUUUUAUUCUUUGCUGGUACUGAAAAGAAUUGAAAGUUGGAAAUGGACUGUUUCAGGGUAGUGGCUCUCAGGGGGGCCAUCUCCUCAAGACCCAUCUCCAUCAGAUGUCUUCUGAGCGUGCCUCUUAGCAGCAGGUUCAGGACUCUAACCUUUAGAUGGGCUUGUCUAUAUUUUUUAAAUUUUAUUUUUCAACUUUUUGUGGGGGUGGGAGGGCAGCAAUACCGAGUGUUUGCGUUUUCUUACAGAAGUACUGUGCAAAACUGUUCUGUUACUGAUACAGUCAAACCUACUUAGUAAGAAUCAAUGUGAAAAUGAAGUCAGUGUCUCCACCCAGCAAUAACCAUCAGUGUGGAGAAGUCGAAGCAGAGAGGACGUGUCAACGCCUUGCAGCACUGGAAGCUAAAUCUAUACCAGUUUGUUGCUAUUUUAACACACACGCGCACUCACACUCUUUCUUUCUCUCUAACUUGGUGUUUCUAUUUGCGCAAGCUGUUUCUAUACUACCUCUGUUCUGCUGAAUAGCAUUAAUUUGGCUCUAUUUUAUUGAGCCAUAGCUCACUUUUGACAAUGGGGAAUAAAGAUAUUUUUUGAUACCAGGGCGAAAGGAGCUGUGACAAGUAAAGCAGAGCUAUGACAGAAUUUUAAACACGCUUUUAUUACAUAGUCCACUACUUUCCCUCCCCACCUUCCCUGAGUCCCCUGCAGCAUUAGGUGGUCAGAACUUUAGCAUUGCAGUCUUUGCACAGACAUUUGUAACUGUAGAAACCAAACUGGAGCUGUCCUCAUUCCAGUCUUGUACAGAGCAGGGUCGAACAUUUGAAAUAAAAUAUGAAUCAUAGUGAUAAAUUUCAAAAGCUUUACAACAUCUCCUUUUUGGGUUAAGAAGGCGGAACUAUGCAAUUAUUUUCCAUUUGACGUCGGUCCAUCGUCCUUAACUUGGGGGGGAGGGAAGGAUCAGCAAAGAAGGUGAAAGUAUACUUCCACUGGAAAAUGACCUUCGAGCCUUAGUCUCAUCUACACGCAGGCUGUGUCUGAACACACAAAUUGUGUUUUAAAAGCACUGAUUGAUGCCUUGUCUAUAGGGAGAAGUUGGACCAGUUUAACUCAAGGUGUGCUUUUAAAAUAGAUGGACUCUCUUCCAAUGAGGAAUCCGCUUAAGCUAAACCAAAAGAAGCUGCUCUUAAAUCAAAAGUGUCCACCCAGGAGUUUGCACUAGCGUAACUAAAUUGGUUUGUUAAACCAGUGUAACUUUCUUGUGUAGAUAAGGUUUUAUUUAAAAUGGUGCCAACCCACUGUGGAUAUUUUGGCUGGAAUGCCUUAUUUCUGUUUAGCUUAAACUUCUUUCUAACUGAUUGAAGCCAGAAGCCAGGUGACUAUUGAUAGGAGUGUCCACUUGGCCUCUUCCACUGGUUUCACUAAAUUGAUUUUAAAUCGCACCUUUUAAUUAAACUGAUGCUGCUUUGUGUUUAGACAAUCAGAAGCCCCUGUACACAGCUGUAGGGUAACUGUAAUGGAUGGAUACCACUUGACACUACUAGAGUGGUGUAUCUGAGCCUGAGUGUAAUAGAAUAAUGCCCCGGGUGUUUAGUUUGAGUGUUAUAUGUUCGUGUUCCCUGGUUGCUUUUUUCUUUCCCAGGAACCAAAACAUCAGCUCCACAUUUCUUACGCUGAUAAAACAUCAGCCUUCCGUCUUGUGUCCUUUUCUAAGCGGGGAUUCGUCUCCCGUUCUGGGCUGAUUCCAGUAUGCUAUCAGCGUUGUUCCAGCCAGACCAAACUGAUGAACAGUGGCUGUUCUCCCUGCUGUCAGGGAAACGAGUCUGCAGCAUGCUUCAGGAGAAGGAUGUAAGCCAAGGGUUUUCAAAAGUGCCUGGUGAUUUUUAGGCACCCAGCUAAGGCCUUGUUCUCAGAAGCACUUUCUCAAAGUCAGAGCCCUCUAAGGUGUCUGAAGUUGGGCCCCCAAGACUUGAGACCCAAAAGCACUAGGUGUGUCAGAAAAUCUUAUCCAUACAGAAUAAAUUGAAAUUAACCAACCGGUUUUAGGGCAGCUUCACUUAUCUUGUAGGCUGACUUCCACACAUGCAA